CGACGGCGCGACAGCCUUUCGACAAUGCCAGUGUAGAGUUCACACCACUUUGGAGUCAGACUGUGUCGUUUGUGUUAACGAAAUAAAACAAAAAACACACGUUUUCCCUUUCGAAGUAUGACUGGAGUGUUCGACCGGAGGAUCUCGAGUGUAAAACCUGCAGAUUUCCAGAGCUCGUUUCAACUCUCCACCAUGCAUCAUCCAUCUCAGGAAUCUCCUACCUUACCCGAGUCCACGGCCACGGAUUCUGGCUACUACAGUCCCGUCGGUGGAGUCCCGCACGGUUACUGCUCCCCCAACUCAACCUCGUACGGGAAGCCUCUCAAUGCCUAUCAGUACCAGUACCACGGCGUAAAUGGAUCCGCUGGAAAUUACUCGACAAAGUCCUACCCUGAUUACAGCUCGUACACGACCUCUGCUUACCACCAGUACGCAGGGAGUUACAGCAGAGUACAAGCCCAGCCAAGUCCACAAGAAAAGGAAGUAACAGAGCCCGAGGUGAGGAUGGUGAACGGGAAGCCCAAGAAAGUCAGAAAACCCCGGACAAUCUACUCCAGCUUCCAGCUGGCCGCCUUGCAGAGGAGGUUUCAGAACACACAGUACCUGGCGCUGCCGGAGAGAGCCGAGCUGGCCGCCUCACUGGGACUCACGCAAACACAGGUAAAAAUCUGGUUCCAGAACAAAAGGUCAAAGCUGAAGAAGAUCAUGAAAAACGGAGAGCUUCCACCUGAGCACAGCCCCAGCUCCAGCGACCCCAUGGCGUGCAACUCUCCACAGUCCCCGGCCGUGUGGGACACGCAGGGCCCCUCCAGGCCCCACAGCUUACAGCCUCAAAACAUCAACACGACGGCCUCUAACUUUUUGGAAAACGCGGGCUCAUGGUACACCUCCACAGCCGGCGGCUCCAUGAAUUCCCACCUCCAGACCCCUAACUCGAUACAGCACUCUUUGGCUCUCGGAGCGGGGACGUUAUAUUGAAAACCUGUUGUGCAUUUCAAAUAUUUUUUUUUUCCCCUUCUAUUGGACUCGUGUUUAAAUUUCAGAGGAAUAUGCAAUGUAUUUGAUGGCAGUCAUAGAAGAAACGUGUAAAAUAUGUA